UCACUUGGUUUUCAUCUCGUUCCUCCUCUGGUUGGGGAUCAGACCAGCUAACAGAGAGCUAACUAGCCGUAUUUACUUCCCCCCCUACAUUUCAGAAGUCCCAAUUUAUUACAAGUUCUGUUUAUUGUGUGAUUUAACAGGAUAUUAUUUUAUCGCCAAAUACCUUUCGACGCCGUUUUCUCUCCGCUGUCGGAGAAAACACUGAGUCAUGUACAAUGGGAUUGGCCUGACGACCCCGCGGGGCAGCGGCACCAAUGGCUAUGUACAACGCAACCUGUCGAGCCUGCGGGUCAAACGGCCGCGGGAUGAGCGUGGUGGCGAACGUGAUGAGAAGGACCGGGAGAGGCUGGAGAGUCAGCUCAACAGGCAGCCCAACGCUGACAUCCUGGAGCACCAGCGGAAGAGGCAGCUUGAGGUCAAGUGUGCCGAGCUGCAGGACAUGAUGGAGGAGCAAGGGUACUCAGCUGAGGAAAUCGAGGAGAAGGUGAACAGUUUCCGUAUGAUGCUUCAGGAGAAGCAGGAGCCAGCUCCCACAAGCACUGAGAGACCAACGGUGACAGAGACUCAUGCUCUGGCUGCAGCCAACCAGCAGAAGAAUGACCGUCUUCGUGCUGCUUUUGGCAUCGCCAGCGACUAUGUGGACGGAUCUUCCUUCCAUGCUGACCGCAAGGAGAAAGAGAAGGAGAAGAGAGAACAGGAACGCAUAGAGAGGGAGAGGCUGCAGCAGCAGAAAUAUACGUUGGUGGAAGAUUCAGACAACUCAGAUUCUCCUCCCAAGAAGCGCAGUCGGAAGAAGAAGAAGAAAAACAAGAACAGAGACAGCUCAGAGAGUCCGUCCCCAUCUCCUAGGCGAGAGAAGAAGAAAUCCAAAAAGAAGAAAAAGAAACGUGGGGCAUCAGAAGAGGAGGAAGAAGAAGACAGCUCCUCUGAUGAGAAGCAGAAGGUGUCAAAGAAGAAAAGAAAGAAGAGUGAAAGUUUGAGUCCUCCAAAAGCAAAGGCAGCACGACACAGGAGUGUCUCCUCCAGCUCUGCUCACAGCCAAUCUCCAGCUCCGCCGAGAUCACGUAAACAGGACCAAACUGCAAGAAAAGCUGAUGAAGGUAGAAAAGGGAGAUCCCCAGACAGGAGGAGACGAGACUUUGAGGAGCACAGCCCUCAUCAUCAGGGAGGAGAAGGGAAGAGGCCCAAUCUUGACAGAGAAAAACAGCGGCCGAGUGAGAUGGAGAAGACCUCCUCUAAGAACAGACAUGACUCCUCAUCCCCUUCUCCACCACCACAGACAGAAAAAAGCAGGGAGAGGGAGAAAGGGAGGCAUUCCAGGAGUAAAGAAAUUGAAAAAAGGAGGCGUUCCAGGAGCGUAGAAGACGAGAGAGAGAAAGGGAGGCGUUCAAGAAGCAGAGAGAUGGAGAAAAGGAGGCGUUCCAGGAGCAUAGAAAAAGAAAGGGGUAGAGGAAGGAGUCCCAGAAGCAAAGAGAUGGAGAAAGGAAGGAGAUCCAGGAGCAAAGAGAUGGAGAAAGGAAGGAGAUCCAGGAGCAGAGACAACGAGAGAGGGAGGCGUUCAAGGAGCCGAGAAAAUGAGAGGGAGAAAGGGAGGCGCUCCAGAAGCAGAGAAGCAGAGAAAGGGAGGCAUUCAAGGAGCAGAGAAGUGGAGAAAGGCAGUCUUUCAAAAAGCAGAGAAACAGAGAAAGGGAGGCGUUCAAGAAGCAGAGAAAAGAGGGACAAAGGAAAGGAGAGUGUUCCUCAGAGGACAAGACAUGACUCGUCCUCAUCUGGUUCUCCUUCUCCACCACCUCCACCCAAACAGGAGGCAAGGAGAGGAAGGAGCAGAGACAAUGUGCGGGAAAAAGACAGGAAUAGACAGGAGAAAAAGACGAGACACGACUCCUCAUCCCCCUCGCCUCCCCCUGAGAAGGAGAGGGCCAGGAGGGAGAGGAGCGGAGAGAGGGAGCGCAGGACUGACCGAGAUUUGCACUCAAGGGCACCAAAUGAAAGAGACAACAGGAGAGACACUGGCAAGAGACAGGAGAGAGAGGUAUCCCCUUUCCAACAGAAAAAUGACAGGAGGAGGGAUGGAGGACACCAGUCCCGCAACUCUCCGUCACCACCCUCUCGCGCACCUAUCACUAAUGGGCGGCAAAGAGAAAGGGAAGACGAGAAGAGAAGAGAAAAAGACAGGGAGAGUGUUAACGAGAGGGACAGGCAUCUGAACAGUCAGAGGGAACAAGACAGAGAGCGAGGUCAAGAGAGCGCCAGAAAGAGAGACGAGGCUGUGCGAUCGACCGCAGAAAGUAGGCGAGAUGGGUCGAGACCUGCCGAGAAAGGCAGGAGCGAAAGACCAGAGAUAAACGAGAGGCAGGAGAGGACAAGGAGCCCUCCGAGGAAGGAGAAACGGGAUGACAAAGAGAAACAAGCGGAGAAAAAAAGACAGAGGAGCAGCAGCAGUAGCAGCAGCGGUAGCAGCAGCAGCAGCAGUAGCAGCAGUGAUAGUGACAGUGACAGCUCCUCGUCCUCCUCUUCAUCCUCCUCUUCCUCUUCGUCCUCAUCCUCUGAAGAUGAGGGCAAACUGAAGAAGGCCAGGGCAGCAGGGAAGGAAAAAAAAAGCAGUUCCUCAAAAAGUGCGCCAUCUGCCAUCGGUGCUGCAGUUCAGCGGUAUUUAGCCAAUGGUAGAAAGGAAAGCCCCGUCUCUGCUUCAGAGGGUGAUGGGAUUCGACGAGCUCAGAAGGAGAGAGAAUGUGGAAGAGACAAACGUGAGAGGGACAGCGCUCCCCACAGAGCUGCUGCAGAGACCCGCAAAAAAGGUCAGGAGCGAUAUAGCCCCACACAAAUGGACAGCCCCACUCCACCUCCUUCCCCCCCCUCCAGAGAGCCGACGCCAGCAGAGGCAACAGCAGAUACUCUUCCUCUGAGGCCGAGGCAGAGCGGUCGAGGGUGGAGGCCAAAGCUGGGGAGAGGGAGAGGGGCAGGGAGAGGGACACAGCCAAGAGGCCUGCAAGGUCCAGCCCCUCUGCCAGGAGGUCACACUCUCCACCUCAGAAAACCUCCACCACCUCCCCAGCACGUCGCACUCCACCAAAGCAGUAUCAGGACCCCCUGCCCCGAUCCAGGAGAGCCUCUCCUCCUCCAGCCUGGUCAGACCGGAGAGAGAGAGAGACAGAGGGACAGAGAGAGGGAGAAGGAGAGGGACAGAGAGCGUGAAAGAGAGAGAGAAAAGGACAGAGAACGCGAGCGGAUCGCCAGGAGGAGCAGGUCCAGAAGCCCAAGAAGGCGCAGCAGGUCCAGGUCUAGAAGUCCAAGAAGGCGAAGCCCCCCCAACAGGUCCCGUCGCUCUCCCUCCCCGCAGCGGCAAAGGAGGAGCAGUCACUCCCUGUCCCGAGAAAGAGCGAGAGAGCGGGAACAAGAGAGGAUCAGACAGAGGGAGGCAGAACAAGAGAGAGAGAGGGUGAAGGAGCAUCUGCCCCCAAAAGAUGUCCCACAACCCCGCAGAUCCUCCUCGUCCUCCUCAUCUUCCUCUAGCUCCUCCUCCUCCUCUUCAUCCUCACCAUCACCACAGAGAGAGAUGAAAGACACAAAAGCAUCAACAGAGAGAGACAGGAGAACAGAGCGAGAGGACGAGAAGAGAGACGGAGAGCAGAAAAGUCGUUCUUCCUCUUCACAUCCCUCCAGAGACUCAUCCCAUGCCCCAACCUCAGGUAGGAGAGGCUCCCAGUCAGACUCCAGGCGCUCUGAUGCGCCCUCCAGAAGGUCUCCAGCUGGCAGCCAACCAGAAACCAAACAGCUGUCACGAGAUUCAAGCUGGAAGCAGUCGCCAGUGACGGCCCCUCCGCAGUCAGACCAAACGGUCAGAAGAGAGAGCGCUGUAAACGGGAAGGAGGCGAAUGCAAACAAGAAAGACAACAUGAGCAGCAGCUCCAGCUCCUCCUCUUCGUCCUCAUCGUCCUCUUCUUCCUCCUCUUCAUCAUCCUCCUCAGACAGCUCUGACUCUGAAGUGGAGCAAGGCAAAGGGAAGACAGGCAAACCUCAAAGUUCUCCUUCCUCGUCCUCGUCGUCAGAGAAUGAAAAGGAAACUAAGAAAAAGAGUCCCGCCAUGCCUCGCAGGGUGCCGGCUGAUUCACUGAGAGAUUCUCGCUCGCUCAGCUAUUCUCCUCCAAGGUAUAUGAGAGCAGCACAGCACUCGCCGAGCCGCAGGAGUGGCAGCAGGCAGUCGCCAAGCCGCUCAUCAAGCAACAGACGAAGGAAAUGAGCUGUCAGCUUCAGGCCCUUCACUUCUCCUUCUGUGUUGUUUAAAUGUUCACCUCCGGCUGGUUUGAACUGGACUAUAACAUGGACCUCACAGCCAGCGGUCAGUAGAUAAUCCUCCGCGAACGUCAGAGGAGUCGUUUUGGUUCUGAGCCACCACACAGUAAUCAACAAUGCGUUUGUUUUUUAAGCAGCGAUGACCCGAGGCUGGCUUGUACAUUUCUUUUUAUGAGCUCAAUAAGAAGCGUACACAUUCACACACGCAAACACAGUUAAGUAAAAUGUAACCCUAACAAUGUUCCUCUGUACUUGUACUGUUUGUUGCGUUCUAUCUGUAGAUAUGAGCUGUCUGUAUUUUGGUUAUUAUCAUGUAACAGACUCAGAUUUCCAUUUAAUGUGAGCAGAAACUGAAAUGUGGUUAAUUUCUUUGUUGAAAAUGGUUAAUUAAAGGCAAUUGUACAUUUUA